CUGAAAGUUAACUUUGUCAGAGUGGCAGAAACACUGCAGUCGAAACAAAUCUGUUUCUCCCUGAAAAAAACCUCAACAGCUGAGUUCAUCAAGGCUUUUUCAACAACACAGCAGAGUCUCCACCAAACACUGAUAUGGCUACUGCAAGCUAUUUGCCAUCUGAAGAUCAGUUUCUGUGCUCCAUCUGUCUGAAAGUGUUCACUGAUCCUGUCAGCACAUCAUGUGGACACAACUUCUGCAAAAACUGCAUCGACGCACACUGGAAUUCUGACGACCAGUAUCUGUGUCCGAUGUGUAAAAAGGUUUUCAACACAAGACCUGAGCUGCACGUCAACACUUUCAUCUCUGAGAUGGUUGUUCAGUUCAGACAGUCAGCUAAAACAAAAGCCAGCAGCAGCGACAGCUCAGAGCAACAAGUGCCCAAACCAGGAGAAGUUCCCUGUGACGUCUGCACUGGAACCAAACUGAAGGCCCUGAAGUCCUGCCUGGUGUGUCUGGCCUCCUACUGUGAGACUCACUUGGAGCCUCAUCUGACAGCGUCACGUCUACAAAGACAUCAGCUGAUCGACCCUGUGCAGAACCUGGAAGGCAGGAUGUGUACGAAGCACGAUAAGCCUCUGGAGCUGUUCUGUACGACGGAUCAGACAGGUGUCUGCAUGCUCUGCACUGUUUUAGACCACAAGGCACAUAAUGUUCGUCCUCUAAAAGACGAAUAUGAUGAAAAGAAGGCCCAGCUGGAAGCUGAAAUUCAGCGGAUGAUCCAGGAGAGACGACUGAAAAUUCAGGGGCUCAAACUCUCAGUUGACCUCAGUGAUAAAAAUGCAGACAAAGAGACAGCAGAAGGUGUUCAGGUCUUCAAUUCUCUGAAGGAGUCUUUUGAGAAACACCUGAGUGAACUCCUCAAAACUAUAGAAGAGAAGCAGACAAAGACACAGAAACAGGCUGAAGCUUUCAUCAAGGAGCUGGAGCAGGAAAUCUCUGAGCUGAUGAAGAGAAGCGCUGAGCUGGAGCAGCUCUCACUUUCUGAAGACCACCUCCAUCUUCUCCAGAGUGUCCAGUCCCUAAACACCAACCAUCCACCACCCACCAAGGACUGGACAGAGGUCAGCAUCCGUCCAUCAUAUGAGGGGACUGUGGUGAGAGCUGUGGCUCAGCUGGAGGAGGCACUCAGGGAAAAGAUGAAGAAGGUGUUUGAGGCUGAGCUGAAGAGGGUCCAGCAGUACGCAGUGGAUGUGACUCUUGAUCCAGAUACGGCACAUGCUCAAGUCAUCGUGUCUGAUGAUGGUAAACAAGUACGGCCCAGCAAGGUUGAUAGAUAUCUCCCAGACAAUCCAGAAAGAUUUUCUUUCAAUCCCUGUGUCAUAGCAAAACAGAAUUUCUCUUCAGGAAAAUUUUACUAUGAGGUUCAAGUUAAAAGAAAGACUGAAUGGGACUUUGGAGUGGCCAAAGAGUCGAUCAACAAGAAGAGCCUCAUCAAACUGAGCCCUGAGGAGGGUUUCUGGACUGUAUGUUUGAGGGAUGGAAAUGAGUACAAAGCUCCCGCCGGCCCUUCAGUCUUACUCUCUCUGAAGUCUCGACCUCAGAGGGUUGGGGUGUUUGUGGAUUAUGAUGAGGGUGUGGUCUCCUUUCAUGAUAUAGAUGCUGCAGCUCUUAUCUACACCUUUACAGGCUGUUCCUUCACUGAGAAACUCUUCCCAUACUUCAGUCCUGGUCUGAGUUACGGUAAUAGGAACUCUGCACCUCUGAUCAUCUCUCCUGUCAAAGAAAACUGAUCACUUUACUUAUCUCAUGUAUUUAUUGAUUUAUAGUCAA